AUGAUCAUCAACCCCAUAUACAUCCAAAAGAAUGUCUACUUGGCAAAAUUAUCCAUUGGCUCAAACGAAGAUCAAGAGCCAGAUACAGUAGUUGUUUCUAUAGACACAGGCUCACUGGAUCUAUGGGUAAUGGCACUGGACGUACAGUGCUACACUGUGGCGCAGUACCACGUUGACGGCGCACCCAAUAUUCCAGAUUUAUUCAAUGACUUGGACCUGGACUACUCAUGCACGGCAAAUGGCACAUUUAACUACAAAAACUCAAAAACAUUUAAACAACUAAAAGGAGAAGAAAAAGGAAAUGGCGAAGGAGAAGGAGAUGAUGAUGAUGAUGAUGAUGAUGAAGGUGUUUUCCAACUAGGAUUUGCCGAUGGAUCUGUAGCUACUGGGAUAUGGGGUAAAGACGAUGUCUCUUUAGGCACAGACAACAAAACAUUUGUCACUGGCUUAAAGUUUGGAGUUGUUAAUGCCACUAGUAUAGAUGUGGGGAUCUUGGGCAUAGGCUACUCUACAGAAUACAGCAAUUUCCCUCGUCUACUCAAAGAACAGGGCCAUAUCGACCAAGUGCAAUACUCCAUAGUAUUUCACCACAAAAACCAGGUUGGAUCUAUCGAAUUUGGCGAUAUUGAUGAAGCAAAAUAUGAUGGCAAUUUGGCAAUAACACCAAUGCAAAAAGGAAAUGUUGGCGUGCAUGUGCACAGCAUAAAAAUCGAUGAGAACUUGAUACAAUCCAAACAAGAGGAGAUUAUAGUCGAUACCGGCUCUACAUUCUCAACAUGGCCUCGAUCCUGGAUAGAUGAGGUUGGCAAAACCUUGAAUGGAACGUAUAAUGACGACGAAUCAGCAUAUAAAUUUGAUUGCGGGACAAACUUUAGCAGCAAUUUAAAUUUCUCAUUCAGUGUUAAUUCGACACAAUUCUCUAUACCGAUUCUGAGUUUAAUUGACAAUGUGGAAAACACAUGUUACUUGGCAGUAAUGGAUGAAUCACUAAUCGGAGGAGUCAUUUUUGGCGCCGAUAUCUUACAACAUUUCUAUACUGUUUACAAUUACGACAAGUAUACUUUUGGUAUUGCAAAAUUGAAUGAGGAAAAUCAAGACGAAGACGAGAAUGACGAAGAAAGUGAAGCAACACGAUCAGAUACUGGAGAUAGCGACACCAGUACUACUAGUCAAUCAUCAGCACAAGACGGGAAUGAAACUAGCGAGAAAACGGACAAUGCAAGAAACAGUAAUAAUGCUGGACAUGGCGUGAUGUAUGCAUACAUUAUGAGUAUGGUACCCUUGUCGAUGUAUAUAUUUUUCUUAUACUAA